CGGUUAUUUCGUGAUCUAGGGCGUUCGCAAGGGCGCUCGUGAUCAUUGCGGGGAGAAGACUUGAGAAUUGAGCGUGAACUAAACACUAAGAAAUGCGCCUGUAGAUUAUGUAUUUGUUGAAGUGGUUGGCGGUGUCUUUCUGACUGAUUGCUUAGGAGAGCGGAUAUUUAAACUGAGAAUAAAGCAUCCCUCAAUUGUUACACAAACAAGAUGAACUGUUCAAGACCAAUUCAGCUGUUGCUGAAGUCACAGAUUGUCAGUAAGAUGAUAGAGUCUGCCAGCUAUACCCAAAUCAGGUGCAUGUCCAGGGUUAAGCAGAGGCACACAGCACCCAGGCACUUUUGGAUGAAGAAAGAGAGAGCAGCCUACCCGGAGGAGCUGAGCGCCGAGAACGAGGCCUUCCUGCGCGAGGCGGUGGAGGACCGGCGCGCGUCGCCGCUGCGCCAGCCGGCGGCCGCGCCGCCGAUACCCUAUACGCCGGGCGUGGUGCGCACCGGCCUGAUCGCGCGCAAGAUCGGCGUCCAACCCAUGUGGCUGAAGAACGGGAAGUACAUCAACGCCACCCUGCUACACGUGCGUGAUAAUCACGUGGUGCGCUACCUGCCGCCGGAGCUGCUGAACACGAACGAGGUGGUCCAGCGCCGCUGGAAGGGCCAGUUCCGCGACAUGGCCGGCCUGGUGGUGGGCGCCGACCAGGAGGACCCGCAGAAGUUCACGAAGGAGUACGCCAACCUGUUCCUGGAGGCGGGCAUCAUGCCGACGAGGAAGCUGACCCGCUUUGUCAUCAACCCGUCGGCUGCGCUGUCGCCAGGGACCGUGCUGCGGGCCACCCACUUCAACGUCGGAGACUUCGUGGAUGUGUUCGGCAAAACCAAGGAGCGGGGCUUCCAGGGCGUGAUGAAACGGUGGGGCUUCGCCGGCCAGCCGGCCACGCACGGCGCCACCAAGACGCACCGGCGGCCGGGCGGCAUCGGCAGCGGCGCCAACAAGGCGCGCGUCUGGCCCGGCCAGAAGAUGCCCGGGCACAUGGGCGGCCGCUACCGCAGCCUGCGCGGACUCAAGAUCCUGAGGAUCAACACCAAGUAUGACGUGAUCUAUGUGAGAGGGCCGGCGGUCCCGGGAGACCACAACAGCUACGUCCUUAUCUACGACACGGUCCUGCCGCUCAGGAAAAAGAAGGAGCCGGCGAAACUGCUGACCCCAGAAGAGGUGGCGGAUCUCCCGGAGGACAUCUAUCAUCCGGACGUGCACCAGAUGGCAGACCCGUCGAUAGUGUUCUAGUGCUGCGGACAGGGGGACUGUGCGCUGUCGAUAUGUUGCGUGCUGAUAAUAUAAUGUGCUACGGA